CACACAACUAGCUUAAAUGUCGCCAAUGGUGCUAUCGUAUCGGAUCAUUUUAUAUAGAGCAACUGGUUAGGAAGUUGUCAAUGAGGGCGGUCACGUGUGGCGGUCACGUGUGUUUGCGAUUAGACCACCACUGGUUUGAGCCCAGUAAGGGGACGCAGGGACAGUGGAGGAAGCAAAGCUGUUAGCGGCACACUGAUUUAGCUUUCACUAACAGAGAUGGCGAUUAACACCUUCACUGCUGUCCAAUAUCAUCUGGAAAUUGAAGGGACACUAUAGGCAUCUGAGUCACAGACCAGGAGCUAGCCAUUACAAUUCAUCCACUCACCUGUCAACAGAUACAAAUACAGAAUUUUAAAGAUACAACAUUUUACUUAGAUAUUUUAUUCACAACAAUGAUACAAAGGCUCUGACACUUCUUAAUGUAGCCUACAUAUCACCUCCACUUUGAUUAAAGCGGUCACAAUUUUACAUAUAUUUCUGUUUUACGUAACUUUACUGCAAUGUGUACAGUUUUAUUUUAGCUGUUGCUAUAGCUCUGUGCACCCCUUAGCUGACAAUGGGUAUCAGUUGCACGACAGCUGUGGUACUGGCGUUAGUAUAAUGGAUGUCACGCUUCUUGCUUAGCGAGUACCACUUCCUCCUGAUUCGGCUCACACAGAGGCUCAAACCCAGGACCUCUUGUUUUCUAGCACAUGUGACCGCCCUCCCGAAGCGUCUUACCAGUCACGCCACACAAAAAGCUAGCUAUAUGGUGGCACAAAGUGGGGAGACUCCAGGGUGAGGAGUAAGUUUUACAUAUCUCCAAGUGCUACAUUAGAAGCUGUCUCGAAACAGCAACCAUGGACACCCUCAUCUCAGUAGAUCUUUGUGUGUGCAGUUGCAUCAUAACUUUCUAGAUAAUUUCCAUGUAAACCUUCUGAAGACACAGCCAAAGAAAACCACAAAAUAUUUCAAAAAUCUUUUAGCACUUUGUCAUUGUCACUCCUCAUUCCUCUAGUUCCAUUCACAUUAAUGAAAGAUUUCCAUGGAAGUUGGCAUCACUCAACACUGCAGCCGUGGGAUAGUGAACCAAUCAAAAGUGGAUUGAAGAGUAGCCUUUUCCCCGUAACCCAAUCAGCAUUGUGUAUGCAUGAGCCACUCCUACACCCUGCCCUUACAUGGCACGGAGGACUGGCCAAGGUCUUACAGAUGGAUGUAAAGGCUGCUAGUUCAGAGACAACAGAGCCACAAUACCAAGACCACUACAACUAUUACUACUACCACUACAGAACCACAAUUACCAAGAGUACUACUACAGAACCAGGAGGGGAACAGCUUCCGACUUGACUCAGACUCCUGUCUCUCAAUCAGAAGCUACCAUCCUCCCCAACCCUUUCAAGCCCUACCUGGUUUUGACUUCUGUGUCGUGACCCCCUGCUUGCCAUCAUGUCGGAGAUGGAGAUCGUGGAGGACCGGGCCAAGCUGAAACAGGGCCUGGUGAAGGUGCUGCAGUGUGUGGCCACCAUCUCAUCUGCUGCGGCUGUGGUCAACCCCAUUUUUGGCGUGGCCGGCUCUCUAAUCCGAGUGGUGCUGCACCACGUGGAUGAUGAGGACAUCCAGACACUGAAGCGCGAGUUUGGCUCAGUCAACCGUGCCCUGGACCAGCUGUCCCAGCAGAACCGCGGCGCCCUGCUACAGAUCAAGAAGGAGACGCUGGACGGUCAGUACUGCCGUGUGGAGGAAAACCUGCGCAACCAGUUCCGCAAGUUCAUGGAGAUGGUGGAGGCACGGCCCGAGCACUGUGAGCGCAAGAAGGACGACUUCGAGAAGAGCUACUCCAACGACCUAGGCGACCAGAACCUGCACACACUCUACGAGGGUGUGGUGGGCAAGCCCAAGCUGUUCAGCCGGCCCAUCCUGGAGGUGUACCUGAAGCACUCGCAGGGCGACCGCCGCACCAUGGAGAACCUGUGCACGCGCCUCACAUACCUCUUCUGCAUCGGCCUGAUCGCCCUCAUGGGUUACGCCGCUGUCAUCGGAGACGACGAGGAGGGCAUCAGCGACGAGUGGACCGAGAAGAUGGAGCACGUGCAGGAGAGGAUGCAGGAGGCCCUCCGGAAAUGCAAGUGAAGAAGAGGAGGAGAAGGAGGUGUAGAGGCUGCUACUUAUCCUCCAUAUGUAGGACUCUCUCCACAUUCCCUCUAGGAACCCCCCCCCCCCCCCCAUCACUUUUCUCCUUACUCCAGGACAGCUGUGUAUACAACGUCUCUAUUUAUUCAACCAGUUAAUUGACUAUCAAUGUGGAUCAUAGGAGGUUGGUGGCACCUUAACUGGGGAGGACGGGCCCGUGGUAAUGACUGGAGCAGAAUUAGUGGAAUGGUAUCCAAUACAUCAAACACAGUUUCCAGGUGUUUGCCAUUCCAUAUGCUCAGUUCUGGCCAUUAUAAUGAGCCCUUCUCCCCUCAUCAGCCUCAUGUGAUGUGAAUUCAUUAUUCUUUAAUGAUCACAUGGCUAUUCACUGUUGGUAUCUAUGAGUUAGAGGUAAGUAAAUUGAAUGAAAACAGUUAGUUAUUUGCCUCAUCCACAGCAGUAGUCAAUGAACAGACCUAUAUAAUACGUGCAUGUUGAUAUGGAAACCUGCAUACACAGCGGUCUGACGAUCAACAUUUGGACUGGCUCUCAAUUAGAUUUAAUUAUGCCAUUCCUAUCUUCUAAAGAGUAAGAUGGAGUGGUUUUAAUGUCUGACAAUAUUCAGCACUUUUGAAAAAUGUGUUCUCGCUGGUAUUUGCUGGUGAUUUAGAGGGAGACACAGAGAACAGGCUCAUUCUGUUGCAUGAAUGUAAGAUUCACCAUAAUGGGUAUCAAUUUGAACAGAUAUAUACUCCAUGCAAUUCUAAUAGUGCCACUGAUGCAACCUAGCACUUUCAGUAAAAAAAAAAACAUUACCUAUACUGUGGACACUAUUAACAUAGCAUGCCAAUUGCCUAAAUACAAAAACAAUUGACUUUACAGUGGGUUAACUGGUAUUACUUUACUUAUUACUGUAGGUCCUUUGUAACUAUAUAUCUGCAGCUAAAUUAACUGUUAUUUAGCAUUUAAUUGGAAAUAGCAUUAAAAAAACGAUUGCUAAAUAAUGCACUGUAAAAUCUAACUUAACCAAAAUCUAACUUAGAACAAAUAUCCAAAGUUAUCUAAGAAUGUAUUUUUGGCGGGGAUCCUAUAGUUAACCCCCCACACACACAACACUAGCAUUAUGUUGCUUCCAUAAUUAUUCAACAAAAACACUCGACUGUCUGUCAAAGCGCUUUGGCCCGGAAAAUGAAGUCAGUGGAAUGAUAAUCAUACUGUAACUAACACUAAACACUUGUAGCCUGUUUUAAUUUACUACCAAAACCGGCCUACUAUACUGUCCAAAAACACUACUGUUUCUUUUUCAACCAUGUUGUUUGGUGUUUGUUUGUUUUCAUGAACACACUACAUUAUGGUGGGUGUGAUGUAAGCCAACCAAGUGCAGUGACUACACUAAACUAUACGUGAACGUGACAACUAAUCGCACAACAAUACAAAAGGUCAAAGUAUACAUUAGCUUUAAGUUCUUCCUCUCUUAUUGGUUCUCUUGUAUCUCGGAUAAAUUAAGUAUUAGCAAAAAAAAUGUGUUUGUUUUUACCAAGGGUGCGUUCAUAAAUUCACUCUGGCCAUCUACUAUGAUUUCAGAGCAGUCUGAGUGUGUCAGAGCGCAGAAUAACUGAUUAAUUUUCGAACACGCAACACCCGUUGAAUAUGACCGGUGUCAAUAAACAUCUGCAAAGAAAACGUAUUUAAAUUGUUGCCAGCAGCACAGUUAGUCACCAAAACUCUAGACAACACGAGUGAGGUGUUCUCUCAUUUGUGUCUUGAAGUAGCUAGCAAGCUAGCCAACUUUAGCCAGUUAGCUUAGGUGCUUGACUGCCGUUGUGAGGUCAGAACGCUCAGAUCAACCCUACUCCCCGGCCAGAGCGUCCAUUGUGCCCUCUAAACGCUCCAAGAGCGAAACGCUCUGAAUAUACAAACGGAGAAUCUGACAACACUCAAAAUGUAUGAAGGCCCAGAGCGCGCAAAUUACGAACACACCCUAAAUAAUUAAAUUUAUGGGGAAUUAUCUUUCCUCUGUGACCCCCUUUCUUUUUACUUAAUCUAUUAUAUUAUUUUCAUAUUUUGAAGCAAUUUACACCAAAAGUAAUGUAAGAGAUUAAAAAAAAUACUCAAAUACAUUAUGGGGAUGUUUUGUAUAUGUUUUCGGGAUUUUAUAUAUCUUAAUUUUCCAUAGUAGUUUUUAUUUUGAUAGGAAUUCUCUCAUGACUGACCGACAGUGUCUCUUCUUACACUGUGGUCCAUGUUCCGUGUCCCCUUACUGUGUCUUUGCCUAAGAAAGGGUUCGCAAAGUUAUGUUUUCUGUUCUUUACUUCAUUUGUUCUUUGUGCUCUAAAGGACUGCAGUUUGAUUUGAUCUCUUCUGUGCUAUUAACCCCUCUACUCAGAUUUCCAGUGUUACUGAUGCCAUGUCUAUACUCACACAGAUCCAAGAGAGCUCUCCAUAUCUAUGUUUCAUAACCCUAUAUUCAAUGGAAUGGCUAUUCUGUGGUACCAGUCCCUGUCUUUCAUUUUGUUUCAACCGAGAUGUAUGGCUGUUAAAUAGUUAUAAUUCUGUAUUGUUAAAAUUAAUAGAUGGGAAUAUAUUUACCACUUUAGGGCUUUCUGAAAAUAUAUGCUCCUCAUCUAAACUUCAUAGCCUAUUUUUUGUUAUGUUCUUUGUUGGCUGGUUGUACUAUGCAGCACUAUCAAUAAAGACUGAAUGUAAAAUA